AUAGAAAGACCCUACCUCAAAUUGUAGGCCAGCGAAGAUGCUGCUGGAGUUGUCUGAGGAGCAUAAGGAGCACCUGGCCUUCCUGCCUCAAGUGGACAGCGCGGUGGUCGCCGAGUUUGGGAGGAUUGCUGUGGAAUUCCUGAGGCGCGGCGCAAACCCAAAAAUCUACGAAGGCGCCGCCAGAAAACUCAAUGUGAGUAGUGACACUGUCCAGCAUGGUGUGGAAGGAUUAACGUAUCUCCUCACUGAGAGCUCAAAGCUCAUGCUUGCAAGUAGAAGUCUCAGGCAACAGAUUAAACCAGCAGUGACUAUAAAGCUACACCUUAAUCAAAAUGGAGAUCACAACACCAAAGUUCUACAAACAGACCCAGCCACUCUGCUCCAUUUGGUUCAACAACUGGAACAAGCAUUGGAAGGGGUGAAGACAAAUCGCUGUAGGAGAGUUGUUCGCAACAUCAAGUAGUGCCAGUUUUAAGGCCCAAGUGGUUGCUGCCAACAUGGGCAAAUUCAUGAAACCUGGGAAGGUGGUGCUUGUCCUGGCUGGACGCUACUCUGGACGCAAAGCUGUCAUCAUGAACGUUGAUGAUGGCACCUCAGAUCGCCCCUGUAGCCGCACUCUGGUGGCUGGAAUUGACCACUAACCCUGUAAAGUGAUAGCUGCCAUGUGCAAGAAGAAGAUCGCCAACAGGUCAAAGAUCAAGUCUUUUAUGAAAGUUUAUAACUACAAUCACCUAAUGCCCACAAGGUACUCUGUGGAUAUCCUCUUGGACAAAACUGUCGUCAAUAAGGAUGUCUUCAGAGAUCCUGCUCUUAAAUGCAAGGCCUGACAAGAGGCCAAGGUCAAGUUUGAAGAGAGAUACAAAAUAGGCAAGAACAAGUGGUUCUUCCAGAAGCUGCGGUUUUAGAUGCUUUGUUUUGGUCAUUAAAAAAUAAAAA